AUGUUGGAACGCGAGGGUGUGUGCAGGGCCACUGUUUGCUUUUGUGCGUUUGGCUUGCAGGAUCCCGAGAACGGCAAGCCCUACUAUGGCAAGAUGGCAGUGGAUGUCAACGACGGCAAGCUGGCUCGGGAACUUAUGCGCCAAGCCCAUUGCCCACACAAACCUCACGAGCACCAACCUCUUCGAGGAAGCGCCCGGCUGGGAACCACACGGGUUGCCAGGGCCGUCUGUGCAACAGUUUGGCCAAAGGCAUGGUGCGAACGCCUUCUGGAGGCGUGCGAGAAGGCCUGGAGCUCAGAGCAACAAUUGGGCGACGAUUGGUCGCUCUGCAACGCCACCUGUGGAACUAUGUGGGAGGCCGUCGCCGUGAGCAGCUCGUCCGUGCCCGAGGAGAACUUGCGGGAGGAGCUGGCCAAGCAGUCCAUGACGGGCGAACGGUACGAUUACGUGACGUUCUCAGGUGCCGAUUUGCAGCAACCUCGUCGCCUACGUAGCAUGGUUGCCCAUCUCCAUGUUACGAUGGGUCACUUGAGCAACGAGCGGCUGGCACGGAUGCUGUCGUUGACUGGAGCUGCCGAGGGCAUCGUGAGUUUGGCUCAAAUUCGCGGUGACCCACUUCAUCGACGGGCUCUCACCGACUAUCACCUGGGCGACCUCACUGACCGUCCGGACAGCACCUUCGCGAGAGAAGUGUUGCAGGAUGUUUGGUAUAGUGUUUUCGGGCCCCCCGACCUCCUCAUCACCGACGGUGGCCCAGAGUUCGCGGGGUCGGUUCAGGUGAUGAAUGACCUCUUCUCCGUGGUUCAUGAGAUUGUCCCUGAAGGGGCGAAGUGGCGUCUUGGUCACGCUGAGAGGCACGGGGCGAUCGUCAAGCUGAUGAUGAUGAAGAUGGUGAAGGGCCUGAACCUGAAGGGGGUCGCCGAGAUGAGACGAGCCGCUGGUGCAGCGUUCGCGGCCAAGAAUCGUACUUUGAACAAGGGCGGUGUCUCCCCGCUGCAAGCCGUGACCGGCCGCAACAGCAUGGUGCCCGGAUCCAUCAUGGAGCAAUUGGCCAGCGGGCGGAUGCGUUUCCGGUACAACGAGGCGGCGACCAACAAGGAGGCCGUGGCCCGGGCGGAGCGCAUCAGGAUCGGAGCCUUGGAAGCCUUUCACUGGCUGGAUGCGAGCGAUGCCUUGAGACGCGCUUUGGCCUCGCGGUCUCGACCGCCCCAGCUUGAAGGCAUUCGUGAAGGGGCCGUGGUCUAUCUGUACGAGCCCCCACCGUCGCGAAAGGGUCUGGCCAGACGGAUGCAGGACAAUGUGAGCUGGACCGGUCCCGGAGUGGUGGUGUGUGUGGAGCGCGAUCGCCCGGUGCCGCAGCGGAUGUGGGUUCGACUUCGGGGGAAGGUCAAGGCCUAUCCCUUGGAGAAGGUGCGCCUGGCAACCACCGAGGAGAUGGUCAGUGCUGACUAUGUCAACCAGGCCUUGGAGGACGUGACUAAGGAGCUCGAGGGCGGCCAGCUGAAAGUCGAGGACGCUCCGGUGGAGGGCAACGGGGCGAACGAGGACGGCCCGGGUGGUGCGAAGGACUCGAGCUCUUCUUCCUCUUCCGAGUCGGAGCAGGAGCGGUUGGACCCGGAAAAGGAACGUGCUCGCGAGGCUGCGACGGAAGGGGCGAUGGAGCCUCACGAGCUGGACUUUGCCAAGAAGCAAAAGCUGUUCGAGUCGCUCUCAAAGUCUUUUGAGCCGCCCUCGGCGCUGCAGGAGGCCCAGCUCCGGAAGCAAAUGGAGGACACUUACUCGCGAGUGAAGAGGGUUCGCAAGGCCAUUCUGGCCAAACCCAGGGGCCAGGCCGGCCGAGCACGAGGGCCACGAACUGCUGGGCGCCAAGGAGAACGACUAGUGGGAGGCGUCUCCUCGACGCGCGGUGCGGCACCUGACGAGGACGCCAAGCUCUCCGUCGAGGUCACUCUCCCGAAUCAGUUCUUUAAGCCGGGCGAGUUGGACGUGCUCAUUCAGGAAACUAUGGGCCAGUGGACUCUGUGGUCCUCCCCGUCUGUACAUGCUGAGGCGGACGAGUUACUCAAGGUGAGCGCUUGCCUUGCAACCGCCGAACAGGGUGGCGUCACGGAGGUGACCACGGGGAAGGCCCGGAUUGAGUACAAGUGGGCCAGCCUGUCUCCUGAGUGGCGGCAGGCUUAUGUGGAGCCCUUGAAAAAGGCCGUGGGCGUCUACCUGGAGCACAAUGGCAUCCGCGGUGUGCCGUUAGGCCAAAUGGUCGACUCGGCACGGGUGCUUACUUCGAGGUUUGUCUUGACAAACAAAGGGGGCGCCGACCUCGCUGAGGCAGAGCUGAAGGCCCGAUGGAUCUUUGGCGGCCACAAGGACCCAGAUGCUGGUCUCUACCCGACUUCCUCCCCGACGGCCAGCGUGCUGGGGCACAACCUGCUCAACUUUGUGGCCGUGCAGAAGGGCUGGACGGUGCACUACGAGGAUGUGUCUGCGGCUUUCCUCCAGGGGAAGGAAUUACCACGGGUUGAGAAGAUCUAUGUGAAGGUGCCCAGUGGCUAUCCGCCGGAGGUCACCGAGUUUCUGCUGGCUGGGCUGGGUGCGGAUAUGCGCUCCGAUCUGGUGGAGCUGACGAAGGCGGGCUUCGGCUUGCCUGAGAGUCCGAGGUUGUGGUACCUUGAGUAUCGCGACACGAUACAGGGCCUUGGCCUUAUGGAGUUGGUGUUGGUCCCUGGACUGUUCCGAGCCUUUGAUGAGAAGGGGCAAUUGAAGGCGAUGGCCAGCAUACACGUUGAUGACACUCGCUAUGCCGGGGAUGAGACGAGUGGAGGCAUCUGGGAGAAGCUACACGAGGUUUUGAAGUUCGGCAAGCUUCGGAAGGCUACGGAUGGGUGGCAAAAGUUCUGUGGGCGCUGGGAACGCCAGUCGCCAGAGACACUGGAGAUGGAGUACUCGAUGACCGAGUACACCAAGGCCAUCCCAAUGCCCAAGGUGCCUUUACAGGGCAAAAGGUCAUCGGAGUCCACGACGAGAUCCAGCAACACACCAUCAAGGUCCUCGGAGUCCAGAGCGAGAUCCACCGACACACCAUCUGGGUCAUCGGAGUCCAGAGCGAGAUCCACUGACACACCACAGGGGUCAUGCUUAGAUGAGCAAGACACAGGUGGGGAGGGGGCCGGUCACGAGGAAGUCAUUCGAUACCUCGAGGAGCGGAUCAGUGCCGCAGACCAGGCUGAUGAACUGGGCGAAGGCGAUCGCAAGUUGAUUGGCUCGAUCGUGGGUCAAUUGAAUUGGGCAGCUCGACAAAGUCGCUACGACCUGUGCUACGUGGCCUCGCUGGUGCAACAGAUGGCAGGCCGUGGGCGACUUGAUGCUCUACGAUGGUUGGCUCAAGGCGUUCGUCGAGCCCAAGAGGAUGUAGUGACUCGCAUUCCCAAUUUGGGGUGCGGCCUCGAGGACCUCGUGGUUUUGUCGGUCAGAAAUGCCGCGUUCGGGGCAAUGCCUGGAGGUGCUAGUCAAGGGGGCAUCCUGAUUAUGCUGGCCUCUCCUGAGAUCCUCCAUGGCGAUGCUCCGGCUUGCAUCCUAGAGGGGACGAGCAACAAGAUACAUCGAGUGGUGCGGUGCUCGAUGUCAGCAGAGGUCUCCAGCUUGGCCACGGCUUUUGAGCACGGUGACUAUGUGAGGGCGGUGUUCUGUGAGCUCGUGGACCCUACUUUCAAUAUCUCCAAGUGGAAGGUCUGUGCUUCCAAGUGGCCCCACAUAUUGGUCACCGAUGCCCGUACCGGCUACGAUGCUCUCAGUGCUGAGACGCUGCCGGCAGAUCGAAAGAUCGCGAUCGACGUGGCCGUCUUGCGCCAAGGCCUGCUGAGUGAAGACAGCAACAACCUGGUGCGGUGGGUGCCGGGGGCUCAUAUGCCAUGUGACGGGCUCACGAAGUGGAGCCACAACAAAGUUCUUGUCGAGCUGAUGACGUCUGGAGUGUGGUCGCUCAAGGACACUCCAGCUGCUCAAGAGCUACGUAAGGCGGCUGCCGAGAAACGAGCCAUUUGGCGAAGGGCCCAAAAGACGGGUACCUAA